AUGUACGUCCGAGUCGCCGCUCGGGCGACGAGGUCGCUGCAGAAUGCCGUUGCACGGCCUGCAGCGACGGCAGGAACCCACUGGGCCCGUCGUAUGCACUCCACCCCAUCUGCCAAAGCUUCUGCAGCUCCUUUUGAGGAGCCCACCUCUCCCAAUCCCUCUGUGACCGUACACUCUGAGACCGCGGCAAAGCUGCACAACUACGGCUCGUAUCUGAUCCAGUGCCUGCCCAAAUACGUGCAGCAAUUCUCCGUGCUCCGCGACGAGCUCACACUCUACAUCUGUCCCUCGGGUGUCGUGCCGGUCCUUACCUUCCUUCGGGACCAUUCUCAGUGCCAGUUCAAGAGCUGCCAGGACAUCAGCGGCGUGGACUUCCCAGAACGCGAGAAGAGGUUCGAAAUCGUGUACCAUUUGCUCAGCUACCGGUUUGGCGGGCGCAUUCGGGUGAAGACAUAUGCCAACGAAGUCGACACUGUCCCAAGCGCAACUGCUGUGUACCGGGGUGCAGACUGGUAUGAGCGUGAAGCUUGGGAUUUAUAUGGGAUAUUCUUCAAGGACCACCCCGAUCUACGCCGCAUCAUGACCGACUACGGUUUCGAAGGACACCCUCUCAGGAAGGACUUCCCCCUAACGGGUUACACUGAGCUUCGCUACGAUGAAGAGCGGAAACGGAUCGUGUACGAACCCCUUCAACUCACUCAGGCCUUCAGAAACUUCGAGUCGUUAUCUCCUUGGGAGCAGAUCGGCCAGGGCACGGCUCCGCCAAGGCCAGACGAGUUCAAGCCUGCCCCUCCUCCCCCGCCGCCGAAGGAGGAAAAGAAAUAAACUGGGUUUCCCAUAUCACCACCCUUUGUGUCAUCGUUCUAGCCACGUGCUAUUAUAUAUGUCAUGGAUUCUCC